AUGGCUGAGCAAAUCAAUACACAAUACUGGCUGGCGGUGCAAGAGCCCCCCGUGAUCUACCAAAGUUCCUUGUCGUGGUCACUCCCCAAUGGGGCGUCAUACCACACCCUCACGUGCGUGGGGAAGGCCGUCCUCAACCUCGAGGUUCAGUGGUACAAGAACGGCGCGAGGAUCUGCCAUGACGGCCACUACCUCAUCGACACAGAUAUCCCCAAGAACGGGCUGGGGGUCUACCAAUGCUUCUUCACGACGAUGCUGGGUGAGGUGGAUGCCGUGGGGUUUGUUGACGUGUGCACGUCGCCCGACCCUCUGUUGCCGCCCUCACGUCUCUUCGUCGACGACGUCACGUCCACCAGCGUCCACCUCAGCUGGACGGACGACGCGCGCACGACGCAGACGUCACCCGCUGCGGGGCAAGGCAUCGCCUACAGGGUUUUCUACCGCAUCGCCGGAGUGGGCAAGUGGGUGCUGAAGCCGGAGCCCGCGGCGCCCAGCGUGCCUGAGGGCGGCGGCGUCCGCCUGUCCUGCCACCUGGCGUCCACCCCACCAGCCGUCCUCAGGUGGUACCGGGACGGCAAGGAGCUGGUACCUAAUACCAGGUACUUCUGGCCCAAGCCCGGCGUGCUGCAGAUACACGCCGUACAACUUGCGGACGCUGGCAGCUACUGGUGUACGGGCCAUAACAACGUCACCAACGUCACCUCGAGGAGCCCCUCGGGUUACUUGCACGUCGUGACGUCACCAACGCGGUCCAGGAACGAGCUUCCCCUCGGGGAUUCGUUACUCGACAACGCUUAUAACACCCACCGACGUCACGAACUCGGGGAGAACAACGCCCUGUUAUCAGAUAACAACAAUAACAACAUUGGGACUUUUGGAGAACUAACGCCGCUUUCCAGACAUAACCAGUCCGUGAGAGCUGCGAACUUCACCGCGGAUACUAACGGUGAUUUUGUCCGAGAAACCACACCAGAAGCCAAUGAACACAACCGCAAUGGCAACCAAAUUAUGGUUGCCACUCCAGGAUCUAUUGUCAAUCAACCAUUUACCCCUGAAACUUACGAAAAUGACGACAACGAAAACAACCCAAAAGAAAACAUCAGUUUCUUCACACCUGCAAAAACUUCGCUGAUGGCGACCAGCUUCCCUCAGAAGGAGGGAACGACUUCCCUCCUUGACCCACAUUCACCAAAAGUGGGUCACGAGUUCAAGCUGCUGCCGGUGGCCAACACGGAGACGGUGGCGGUGGGUCAAUCGGCGGUGUUGGAGUGCAUCACGAACGACCCUGACGGGGGAAAAAACUUAAACUGGACUCACCAUGUUAAUGACAAGAAGGAGCCAAUUGUGGGCACCCGCGUGGUGAAGCGGGGCCAAGGGUCCCUCGUGUGGCCCAGUGUGGCCCCAGACGACGCAGGCUCCUACGAAUGUUCGUACCUCAACGAAACUUCCCAAUACUGGCUGGCGGUGCAAGAGCCCCCCGUGAUCUACCAAAGUUCCUUGUCGUGGUCACUCCCCAAUGGGGCGUCAUACCACACCCUCACGUGCGUGGGGAAGGCCGUCCUCAACCUCGAGGUUCAGUGGUACAAGAACGGCGCGAGGAUCUGCCAUGACGGCCACUACCUCAUCGACACAGAUAUCCCCAAGAACGGGGUGGUCAGCUCCGAGCUUAAGAUCAUGUACAUCACCAUGGC